UCUUAUAAACCCUCGCUAUCGCCGUCUCCCAAAUCACUCCAUUUCCCUUCCUCUGCAGUCUCUGCCUUCGCCAAACAAACGCAGCUUCGUAGAUUCGUUCGCUCUCUCUGCGUCUUCCGAGUUUCGUAAUAAAUGGCUUUGCCAAACCAACAGACUGUUGAUUAUCCGAGCUUCAAGCUCGUGAUCGUAGGUGAUGGAGGAACUGGGAAAACAACAUUCGUGAAAAGGCAUUUGACUGGAGAGUUUGAAAAGAAAUACGAGCCAACCAUUGGUGUGGAGGUUCACCCAUUGGACUUCUUCACAAACUGUGGAAAAAUCCGUUUUUAUUGCUGGGAUACUGCUGGACAGGAGAAGUUCGGUGGCCUCAGAGAUGGUUACUACAUUCACGGGCAAUGUGCCAUUAUUAUGUUUGAUGUUACGGCCCGCUUAACAUACAAGAAUGUUCCUACAUGGCAUCGUGAUCUUUGCAGGGUGUGUGAGAACAUCCCAAUUGUUCUCUGUGGAAACAAGGUUGAUGUGAAGAACAGGCAGGUCAAGGCAAAGCAGGUCACAUUCCACAGGAAGAAGAAUCUGCAAUACUACGAAAUUUCUGCCAAGAGCAACUACAAUUUUGAGAAGCCUUUCUUGUACCUUGCCAGGAAACUUGCAGGGGAUGCUAAUCUUCACUUUGUGGAGUCUCCUGCUCUUGCUCCACCAGAAGUACACAUUGACUUGGCUGCACAGCAACAGCAUGAAGCUGAGCUUGCUGCAGCAGCCAGUCAGCCUCUUCCUGAUGACGACGACGAUGCAUUUGAGUAGAGGGCUCUAUCCUGAGGGGCAUUUCAACAUUUUAUGCUGCUUUUUCAUCUUGCCUUCAUUUCGACAUGCUGUCAUCUUAAAAUUUUCAAAACAUAUGGAAGAGUUUGGAUAUCAGAAGUAGGGGGUGUUGUCAGCUAUUCAGGACAGCGGACCAUUGUAGUUAGAAUUUUCGCAUAUAUUUGUUUUUGAGUCUUUGGUGGUGGUGUUUUCUUAUCUUUGGUUGCAAUGUUGGUGUUAUGGAUUUUGCUUUCAGUGAAAUCCAUUUAUGAGCUAAUUCUAUAUGUUUUAAAUUUGAACCAAUUAGUGGGAAGAAUAUUCGUAAUUCUCAUAUU